UAGGCACUAAAAGUGAAGUGAGGAUGCUUUAAGGAUGCGUUAGGGUUUAGAGCGUCAGGGUUAGAUAAUUUGUCAGUAUGAUUUGUUUUCAGGGAAUGAGGAAAUAUUCAAAGAACAAUUUGAUGGACCAUAAAAAUAUCAAUUUCAUGGGUGUGCUAGUUGAUCCAUCCAAGUUCAAACCUGGCUAGUCCUGUUCUUAACAGGAAAAAAAUACCUAACCAUGUAAUCAAAGUAAUUAAGUGCUCCCAAGUCCCGACUGACAAAAAAACAAAACAAAACAAAAAAACGUGGUGCAGGCACGAAAGAUACUUCCAAUCGAAAUACAUCAGUUUGAAAGUCGUGCCGUGAUACUGGGUUAUUGUGUUGUACACGUGUAAGCAGCAUGAUCUUUGUCGUGCUAGAAUGGCAUCUUGCAGGUGUUGUCAGAUUGCAUUUGUGCUUGUCAUGUUGAUAGAUUUGGCCCACAUAACUGAUCCAUUUAAGUAACUUUCAAUCUAAGGUGCUUAUUAAUGUGACAACAUUAAAUAAAUACAGGGAGGUGUUCUAUUUUAUUCUAUUGUACACUAGAGAAGUUAAAAUUCCCCUCCGCUAAAGAAUGUGUUUUGCUUGUUUCUUCACUCUUAUGUUUGCACUUCCUUGUGCAGAUUGAUGUACGUGCAAACUUCAAUACUGGAAGGAAAAUGUUUCUCCGUGCUCACCUUAAACCUCAGUUUAAGGAGUGAACUUACAAGCCUGAUUUUCAGAUAUUCCAACUAGUUUGGAAGCCAGUCGUGUCUGGUCAAGGUCUAAAAUGCAACUUUCACGUGUGUGAUGUGGAAACUUGAGACCAUACAUGAUUAUAAUCUUGUGUCUCAUAGAAAAAAAAAAAAUAUCAGACACAAAUAAAUAUUCAAAGCAGAGUAACUUUACGUGUUAAAACAUCUUUAAUUUGUUAGGCAGCAAACAGAAUGUGCUUUAAAUGCAUAUAAAACCAUCAAGAAUAUAUACAGAUUUUUCACUCUAAAUAAACUAUUGAACUAUUAAUAAUGUGGAUUUUAUUAUUGCCUAGAAGCAGGGCUUUUUAAUUAGAGUGUAACUCCAGUCAAAGUUGUAAGAUUUCAAGAAAAUGGAACUCAAGCUGUGAUUUCCUCGUUCCGAUGUCGGCAACAUGUAUGACGUGAAACCUGUUGGGGGUCAGCCCUGUGUUCCCUCAUGAAUGUUUUUUCACAUCCAGAUUAGGCCCCAUGUUCCCUCUGCAUCACAGCUGGCCCUUCCAUAACAGGCCCAAAGGUUGGGGGUUAGGGUUAGGGGAUAGGGUUUAGAGCGUCGGGGUUAUAUAAGACCAGUAUGUUUUGUUUUCGGGGAAUGAGGAAAUAUUCAAAGAACGAUUUGAUGGACCAUGAAAACAUCAAUUUCAUGGCCACCGCCCUGACCUUCAUGCCUUUUUAUGCUGCGCGAUAGAAAGGUCGCACAGGUUGGUAGUUUUCAGUUCAACUGCGGAAACUGUCAGUGUGAGAAUGAAGAUCUCUGUGUUUUUCCCGCUGUUGUUGCUGGUCUGCUCUGUCUCCACAGAUCCGAUUAAGAAGAAGGCAGAUAAUAAACUGAUUGACAACCUGCAUUACGAGCCUAUUCCGUAUCACAUCCAUGGUGUGCUGAUAGAGAUGACCGCCUCAUUGGCUGAACAGAAGGUGGAGAUGAGACACUUACAAAAAGAUAAGUAUUAUGUCAAAAACAUUUUGUCACUUUUUGUUAGUUUUGUGUUGUUGUUAAAGAUUUUAUUACACAUUGCACAGACAGAAAAGCUGAAAGAACUGGACAAGCUGCAGACUGAAGCGGACAAGCAGAAGCAACAGCUGCAAGCCCGGCAGGUGGCUUUCUCAGCUGCUCUGUCAGCUGAAGGUUCAAAAACUCUCGGCCCCUAUGAGACACACACUAAUCUGGUCUUCGAAUAUGUCGCCACAAACAUCGGAUGUGCCUACAACUCAAACACAGGUAUUUUCACUGCACCGGUGAGAGGAGCCUACCACUUUGAGUUCUACAUAGGUGUACGUGGAGAUAAUCAUCAUCCUUCAGCUGGUGCGUUGGUCAAGAAUCAAGAUCAUGUUUUUAGCGCAUUUGAGAAACAGACGUCACAUUAUGGGAGUACCUCUAAUGGUGGCACACUGAUUCUGGAGGUUGGAGAUCCGUUUGAAUGCUGACGCAAGGAUAUAUGACGGUCCCGGUCACCAUUGCACCUUCAGUGGUCAUCUGCUUUUCGCCAUGUGAGAGGGAAACAAUCCCUGUUUUUCAUCACCUUUAUGAUGCAUGUUUUUGUUGUCUUUAGCCAAUCUUGCACUUAACUGAUCUUAAAUGUAAUCUGAUUAUCUUGAAACACUGUUUCUGAUUCAUUUUCCUGAUUAUGUUUUGAAUUAAAGCAUAAAAAGAUAA